AUUAUUUCCGGGCCCCAGAAGUGGGGCGCAGGAGAAGUUGGGGGCGUCGUCCAUGGAGCCCAAGGCGGCCAUGUGGAGGCUCCAGGUGGUGAUGGGACAUCUGUCCCGCCGACCCGACUCGGCUCCCGCGCCGCAGGCCGCGCCGUGCCGCGGGGUCUGCGCUCAGGCCGCGGCCGGGGACGUGGUGGUGGUGCACGGCCGGCGCACGGCCAUCGGCAAGGCGGGCCGCGGGGGCUUCAAGGACACCACCCCCGACGAGCUCCUGUCGGCCGCCAUGACCGCCGUGCUCCAGGAUGUGAACCUGAAGCCGGAGCAGCUGGGGGAGACAUUUCCGCUUUCUUUGUUCAUAGGUAACGUGCUUCAACCUGGAGCCGGGGCUAUAAUGGCCAGGAUUGCUCAGUUUCUGAGCGGCAUCCCUGAGACCGUGCCUCUGUCCACCGUCAACAGACAGUGCUCCUCAGGCCUGCAGGCCUUGGCUAACAUCGCAGGUGGCAUCAGAAAUGGGUCUUAUGACAUUGGCAUGGCCUGUGGGGUGGAGUCCAUGUCCAUGUCUGAGCGAGGGAAUCCUGGCAAUAUUAGUUCCCGCCUGGUGGACAAUGAGAAGGCCAGAGACUGCCUCAUCCCGAUGGGAAUCACCUCGGAGAACGUGGCUGAACGGUUCGGCAUCUCGAGGGAGAAGCAGGAUGCCUUCGCGCUGGCCUCCCAGCUUAAGGCGGCCAGAGCCCAGAGCCAGGGCCGCUUCCGCGCUGAGAUCGUGCCCGUGACCACCACCGUCCUAGACGCCAAGGGCACCCCUAAAACCAUCACUGUGUCUGAAGAUGAGGGCAUCCGCCCCAACACCACGCUGGAGGGCCUGGCCAAGCUGAAGCCGGCCUUCAAGGACAAAGGCUCCACCACGGCCGGAAAUUCCAGCCAGGUGAGCGACGGGGCAGCGGCCGUGCUGCUGGCCCGCAGGUCCAAGGCGGAGGAACUGGGCCUCCCCAUCCUCGGCGUCCUGAGGUCGUUCGCGGUGGUCGGGGUGCCCCCCGACAUCAUGGGCGUGGGACCCGCCUACGCCAUCCCCGCGGCUCUGCAGAAAGCAGGGCUGACGGUGAAUGACGUGGACAUCUUUGAGAUCAACGAGGCCUUCGCCAGCCAGGCCCUGUACUGCGUGGAGAAGCUGGGGAUUCCCCCUGAGAAGGUGAACCCCUUGGGGGGCGCCGUGGCUCUGGGCCAUCCUUUGGGCUGCACCGGGGCGCGCCAGGUGGUCACGCUGCUGAACGAGCUGAAGCGCCGUGGGAAGAGGGCCUACGGCGUGGUGUCCAUGUGCAUUGGGACCGGCAUGGGGGCCGCAGCUGUCUUCGAGUACCCCGGAAACUGAGGCCCUGCCGACUACAGGAACGAUCCACGGAGCCCGUCCUCUUCGGGUGGGGCUGGGGAAAUGGAAGCACUUAAUCUAAUUGGGAAAAUGUGAAGGCAGGUGGCCCGGUCCACAAGGGGGGGGGUCGCGUCUGGGGUGGUCCCCACCAGGCUUUGUCCAUCGGGGCACACGUCAGUGUGGGGGAGCCCAGGGGCCAGGGUGUGGUGGGGGAACAACAGGCACCCGGAUGAAGGCCGCCCUGAUGGAAUAAAUGUUCUAGAUCAUCCCGA